GUGCCUGGACGCGCGCCGCUGGCUGGACCGCGUGAUGGACGUGCGCGGGGCGGGCCGCGGGCCCGAGGCUCCCUGGAAGAGCAUGACUGCAGAGGAGUUGGAGAAUCAAUACUCCCCGAGCAGAUGGGUCAUCCGACUGGGAGCAGAGGAAGCCUUGAGGACUCACUCACAGAUAGGAAUCGAGGCCACCAGGAGGGCCCGGGCCACCGGGAGGAGCCUGCUGCACGUCCCCUACGGAGAUGCCAAAGGGGAGACACUGGACAUCUACCUUCCCCACGAGGCACCUGAAGCCUUGCCUAUCUUCGUGUUUGUCCACGGAGGAUACUGGCAGUGUGGAAGUAAAGACGAAUCUGCCUUCAUGGUGGAGCCCCUGACAGCACAAGGAGUGGCCGUGGUGACAGUGGCUUAUGAUAUUGCCCCCAGAGGCAACCUGGACCGGAUGGUAGACCAGGUGGCGCGGAGCACCGCCUUUGUGCAGAAGCGGUACCCGUGCAAUGAGGGAAUUUACCUGUGUGGACACUCAGCAGGGGCCCAGCUGGCCGCCAUGAUGCUCCUGGCCGACUGGACCAAGCUUGGAGUCACGCCCAACCUCAAAGGCUUUUUCCUGGUGAGUGGGGUCUACGACCUGGAGCCCAUCCUGUGCACCUCGCAGAACGCCCCUCUCCACUUGACACUAGAGGAUGCUCAGAGGAACAGCCCCCAGCUGUUGACGGCCCUGACGCAGCCGUCGGAUCCCACCUGCCAUGUGCUGGUGAUCGUGGGCCAGCACGACUCCCCCGAAUUCCAGCGACAGUCCAGGGAGUUUUAUCAGACCCUGCGCCGAGGGGGGUGGAAAGCCUCGUUUGAAGAGCUCCGCAAUGUGGAUCACUUUGAAAUCAUUGAGAAUCUGACCCAGAAGGACGACGUGCUCACGCAGAUUAUAUUGAAAACAAUCUUUCAGAAGUUCUGACAACACCCGGGCCCCGGCCCGAGUGCACCCCAACUCCGGGUACCCACUCAAGCGGCCUUCAGAGCGAAGCCGGCUUCUCACGGCGCCCAGGAUGGCGGCGGGGGGGGGGGGCGCUCCCCAGCAGGAGCUCCUUCUUCCCACUUCUGUGGACACUUGUGACAGUCUCCAUGUCCUCCCUCCUCUUGGCCUGGAUCCUGCUCUGGGGAAGGUCCACAGGUCACGCCCAGAGCUGCCUCUCUGACACGGCAUGUCAAAAAUGACUUAGCCCCAGCUUGCCACCUGUUUUUGUAUGACCGUUAGGUUAAGAAUGGUUUUACAUUUUUAGAGUGUUCAGAAAGAACCAAAAAUUUCAUAACAUGUAAAAAUUAUGUAAAACUCAAAUUUCAGCAUGCAUAAAGUUGUAUUAGAACUGUGAACUAAAAUAAAAUCUUAAGGCCCCCCCCCACCCCCACCAACCAGUGACUGAAUGGACCCCCCUCCUGGCCAAGGGGCUAUCCUAAAACUAAAUUGCCAGCCUCAUCAUGGCCCCUCCCUUCCUGGGGACAUCCUUUGUAACCCAUUAACAGGCCUAAGGCUAUGCAAGACACACCUGCAGGUCCUCAAUUUACACAACAAAUGUAUGUCCAGUGGCUUGUCUCCGAUUUACAGACUUACUUUA